GGGACAGUUCCUGCGCCUGCGCAUUGUGUCUCUGCGCGCCUCCGAGGCCGCCGCUCGCGCGUCCUCGGGCUCUUUGUGCGCAGGCGCGCUUGUACACCUCUCACCGCGGAGCACGGCUGAGUCAGUCAGUCUGUCGGAGUCAGUCUUCGGGACAGCCUGCGCCCGGUACUUCGGAGAGCCAGCUGCUGGAUCGUCCUGUGUCCCCUCCCACUCUCCCGCCCCACGUUUCUCUUCACCACUCUCCCGCCCUUGCUCGUACAGCCAUGGCGGAGUCGUCGGCGGCCACUCAGUCCCCGUCAAUCUCCUCGUCGUCCUCUGGGGCCGAGCCGUCCGCGCUCGGCAGCGGCGGGAGCCCCGGAGCCUGCCCCGCCCUGGGGGCGAAGAGCUGCGGCUCCUCGUGUGCGGAUUCCUUUGUUUCUUCCUCCUCCUCUCAGCCUGUAUCUAUAUUUUCGACCUCACAAGCUGGCGGUCCUUGCAACCACCCUUCUAUUCCAGACAGUUUCCCAGAGCAGCCUGCUUUUCUCUCAAAAGAAACUGGUCCAGCAGAAGAGUGGAUAGUUAAAAACCAAGAACCCAAGAACCCGAACAAGAUUCCAAGUGGAGAGGACAGACGUGCACUGGAUCUUGGACGGUGUAAGGCAGAACACGUUUCUACACAUUCCCUGUCCCCAUCUGAACUUUUAGGAGCCAGUGUAGAAAAAGAUUCUCCGGAGUCACCAUUUGAAGUAAUUAUUGACAAAGCAACUUUUGACAGAGAAUUUAAAGAUUUGUAUAAGGAAAGCACAAAUGAUUUGGGUGGAUGGACAACACACAGUGGUAGAGAAUCCCCUGCAGACUUGUUGGAAAUGAAUGACAAAGUGUUUCCCCUGAGAAAUAAAGAGGCAGGGCGUUACCCAGCCUCUGCACUGCUCAGUAGACAGUUUUCACACACCACAGCAGCAUUGCAAGAGGUGUCUCGAUGUGUGAAUGAUAUGCAUAACUUCACUAAUGAAAUCCUGACUUGGGACUUGGUUCCUCAAGCUAAACAACAGGCUGAUAAAUCAUCUUCUUGCACCACAAGAAGUACAGGACCAGACAGGAGUGAACAUCGCUCAGAGAUUCCAGUUAUAAACCUUAAAGCAAACACUCAUCAGAAAAUGCCUGUAUGUUCUCUUAACGGGAACACUCCCAUCACCAAAUCCACAGGUGACUGGGCAGAAGCAUCUCUCUCUCCAGAAAGCACGGUGGCUGGAAAACCUGUCAAAGACUACCUCAGCUCCACAAAAGAAGCCAGCGGCAGAGGUGUGCCAGGAAGUUCCCAGCCGCUUCCAGAGUCGCCUGUCUCUGUGUCUGAGAAAUGGGUCCCAGGCUCUGGAACAGCUACAGUGGAAGUAGCUUUACCUGAUCUGAGGGAUGCCUGGCCUAACUCCGUCACAGAGGUUGAUAGUUCUGGGGAGUCCGAAGACACAGUAAUAGAGGACCUCUCAGCAGAUCCCUCAUUUGAGACCAAUAAAGUUCUGCCUGGAAAACCCGCCUCCCUUCCAGGCGCUGCUGUGAAAACAAGUGGGAGGGGUAUCAAAGAAACUCCCAGUUGUGAAACUGUGAGGAGUGAGAUGUGUGGAAACUCGGAAGACCCAAGCAGUGAGGCUGAACUUCGGGGAAAGAAUCUGGAAGGUGAGGAGGUGUGUUCACAAGUAUCUAAUACUCUGAAUGAAGUUGCACCUAAAAAGCCCGCUGAAACUGUCAACCCCGAAGUUCCUUCAGCAGCACCUCCAAAUGUUCUUAGCGAGACAGGGUUCCUACCAAUGGCAACAGCUUCUGCCAACUUUGAGUCUUUGCUUGGAAAAUAUGUUGAAGAUACAGAUGGUUCCUCCCCAGAGGACUUGCUGGCUGCCUUCACAGCAACCAAGGAGAACGGAAUAGUGGAUAAAGAUCACCACAGCUUGGAAACAGUGUUAAAGAAGACAGCAGACUUUCAAAACACUUUACCUGUGGAACUCUUGCAUGAAAGUGAGCUAGGUGGUUCUGAAACCAAAGACAUUAAAAACAAAUAUAGUGAACGCAGCAAAGAAACAAAUGGAGGUGAGCUUGGUGUGUGCUGUCCUCCAGGUGCCUCCAUAGUGACUCCCGACUUAGAGCAGGAGCAGCUCACCAUCAGAGCCAUCAAAGAAUUAGGGGAAAGACAGGCUGAGCAGGUGGAGGCUGAAGAAGCAACUCCUGGAGGAAAGCUCAAGCAAGCCUUUGCUCCACAACCUUGGCCACAGAGGUCAUCUGAUAUCCUAGAACAUACAGAUAUCAAGGCUGGAUCUGAUCUUGGGAUUUCCAAAAAGCCCAUUCUCAUCAAAGACACUAGAGUAGAUCCUAUUUCCAGCCUUAGCAAGACUGAAACGGUUAACAACCAUGUCCUAGCAAGACUUCUGACUGACUUCUCAGUACGCGAUCUGAUCUUCUGGCGAGAUGUGAAGAAGACUGGGUUUGUCUUUGGCACCACGCUGAUCAUGCUGCUGUCCCUGGCAGCUUUUAGUGUUAUCAGUGUGGUCUCUUACCUCAUCCUGGCUCUGCUCUCUGUCACCAUCAGCUUCAGAGUCUACAAAUCUGUCAUUCAAGCCGUGCAGAAGUCAGAAGAAGGCCAUCCAUUCAAGACCUACCUGGAUGUGGACAUUACCCUGUCCUCAGAAGCCUUCCAUAACUACAUGAAUGCUGCCAUGGUGCAUGUCAACAGAGCCCUCAAACUCGUCAUCCGUCUCUUUCUGGUCGAAGACCUGGUUGACUCCUUGAAGCUGGCUGUCUUCAUGUGGCUGAUGACCUAUGUCGGUGCUGUUUUUAAUGGAAUCACCCUUCUGAUUCUUGCUGAGCUGCUUGUUUUCAGCGUUCCAGUUGUCUAUGAGAAGUAUAAGACACAGAUUGAUCACUAUGUUGGGAUUGCCCGGGAUCAGACCAAGUCAAUUGUUGAAAAGAUCCAAGCAAAGCUUCCCGGAAUCGCCAAAAAAAAGGCAGAAUAAGCACAUAGAAGCCAGAAGUACAACAGUUACUAAAACGCCAUUUAAUAGCUAUAACAUCAUCACUUGUACCAUGAAGAACUUGCUCAGUAUCAGCUUGAAUCCAAGUUGUUUGUUCUUUUUAAUUUGGUGUUCUUUCCCUCCACUCCCUUUACCCUCAGUACCAAGCACAAGACGUGUUAGACUGAAAUAAGAACUGAUCUCUUAGAACCCAAAAGAAUAAAGAGUGAAUCAAAUUAAUAGAAUUAAUCAGACCAUAGCAGUAGCGGAGCUUUUACCUGUACUAUGAAAGGGGAAGAAGAGAAAAAUGUCUCUAGGGUCCUCUAUCCAGUUUCAAGGACUUGAAUGCAGUUCCCAUUUAUAAUUUUGCCCUUCUUUUUAAGUUAGGAAAUAAUGAUUAACUUAUGAAUAAAUAGUCUAGGGCAGGAGUGGGUUUUCUUCCAUUGGGUUUGUGCGGCCCUCCAGCCCCACCUUCCUGCCUUAGACCUAAGCAGCUACUCCUGCUCUUCUUCUUCCUUAAAUGAAAGAACUGUCAGCUCUGAGUAACUUAGAGGUGAUAGAGGUAAUUCCCUUUCCCCAGAAUUCCGGCUGAGAAAUAGAGGGAACAGAGUGGGGUGGAGCAGUCAGCAGGAGGGCAGCAGUCACCUUCCUGCUGCUGCUCUUCCUAGGGAAGGAAAGACUCUGCCAUCUGGGAGGGCAGUGUCCAAGUCAUUGAUCUGGGAUACCAAUGUGAGUGUUGGUUUGAGAAAUCAUUCCAGAAUGUGCUUCUCCCUUUUUCCCCUGCCCACCUUACCUCAAGUUUAAUAAAUAUGGUUGUACUUUUCUUAUGAAAUAAAUGUCUGUAACUGCUGUACACUGCUAUAAAUUUAAGAAAAAUAAUCUGCAUGUGGGCUCCCAGCCAUCAAGUUAUUAUAGUCCUAUCUUCGUCUGUGGGGAAUGAGAUACAAGACCACGAAAAGCCUUCCUUCUGUGUCUUCCCUACUGCUUUCUCCUCCACUGCUGCUUCCACUUGUACUUUGCUAGUUUAGCCUGAGGACUAGUCAUGUGUCUGUAGUCCAGAGGCCUCGGUUGGUUAGAGGGGGAGGUACAUUCCCAGAUUCGUGAUGUAGCUUUGAGUAGCUUGUGAGUGAAUGUUGUUCUGAGGUGAUCUCCAAUUUCAGACACAUUUUUGACACAGUUCCUACCAUGGCCCAUGGUGCUCAUUUGGAGAAUAUUUUCGAGAAGUUUUAUGUUGUAGGCGGCCAGGCAGGACCAGGAGAUGUUGCUAGACAACAGAAUAACUUAUGAUUGACUGGAGAUCUUGAUUUUUGACUUUGCAUCUCCCCUUCAUGGGAAUCCAAUCAUCUUGUAAACAGGCAUCCAACAAGUUCCUUCAGCUUCAGUUCUCAGCCCUGUGUGUUGUGAGAAAGAGCUGGGACUUCAAGGGCUGUGGUCUUCGGUAGUCACCAAGUUGUGUGACUGUAACAAUAGGAAUGGAGCCUCUUCAGAAAUGACUUAGAGACUUUGAUAGGUAGAAUGCCUUACUCCAUUUUCUUAGUUUCUUUGCCCUUGUUCAUUUUGAAUUUUUGGUUUCCAUUGUAGAGAAACACUCCAUCACCAUCCUCUGCCCUCCCAGGAAGUGAAUGCACUGAUGGUCUUUGGGGUCUCCCAAAAAGGGACCCCAUUCUGCACUGGAAGCCUCCACACCUGGCUCUUUUCUUUAUUGCUGCUGUGUUAAAAUAAUUGGAAGAUUUUUGUGCCACACAGGAAUUUUUUUUUUUUAAGAAAAAUCUAUAGAUGAAAAAGUUACUAAUGAAAUUGUGUACGUGUCUGUGCGUGCAACAUAAAAAUACAGUAGCCUCAAGGAGCUCUUCUGGUCCCUGUAAAACUGCAAAUUGAUGUAUUAAUUAUAAAUAAAGAACACAGUGACUGUCUCA